AUGGAGGGACCCAUCCCCAGCCAGGAAACCACACUGAUGGACAUGGAGCCCUCCCACACUGUCAAACUGCUGCACCUGGUUUUCCUCUCCACCUCCUGGGGAAUGCAGAUCUGGGUGACCUUUGUGGCUGGGUUCGUGAUGGGCAGCCACCUCCCUCGCCACACUUACGGCUUCAUCCAGCGCGAGCUCUUCCCCUACUACUUCCACAUCGGCUCCACUUGUGCCUUCCUCAACCUGACUCUAUUUGCCAUGUACCACCCCAGCGAGCUGCUCAGCGAGGAACAAACUGCCCAGAUCAUUGUCUUCUUCGUUUGCAUCGCUGCUUCCGUGCUGAACACGCAGUGGUUCGGGCAGGUCACCUCCGACAUCGUGGCAGACAUGCACCUUGUCGAGCGCAGCCACGGCCUUGGCCAGGAGGUUGGGCUCUUCACCAGCAAGUCCUGCAGGCAGCUGCGUGCCUCCAACCCCAGCUACGGGCAGCUGUCCCAGCAGUUCACCCUCUACCACGCUCUGUCCUCCCUCUGCAACCUCUGCUGCAUCGCAUGCAACGGCUUGAGCUUGUACUUCUUGGCUGCUCAUCUCUCUGCCCUGUGA